UCUAAACUAGCCGCUCUUGUCUCUUUGUGCUUGGGAAGCAGAACCUUCAGACCACGUGACCCGCUCUUCAUAAGACGCAGGUCCACAGAGGAAGUUCAGCUGAGAGGAAGAACCAGACGCGAUGAGUCCGACGAUCAAUCGAGGCGCGGCGCUGGGGAGCCUGCUGCUCGUCUCCCUGUGUGUGGGAGCAGCCUCUGCGUUUGACAGCCGGCUGGACAUCCACUGGGAGCUGUGGAAGAAGACGCACGGCAAGCACUACCCAAAUGAAGAGGAGGACGUGCACCGCAGGGAUUUGUGGGAGAGGAACCUGAUGCUGAUUACCAUGCACAACCUGGAGUUCUCCAUGGGGCUCCACACCUAUGAUCUGAGCAUGAACCACAUGGGAGACUUGACACAAGCGGAGAUCCUUCAGCAGUUUGCUUCGCUCCGUCCCCCCACCAACCUCAAGAGGGAGCCAUAUCUCUUUGUUGGAGCCUCAGGGUCCAACGUCCCAGAUGAGUGGGACUGGAGGCAGCAGAACUGUGUCACCAGUGUCAAAAUGCAGGGCUCCUGCGGCUCCUGCUGGGCUUUCAGUGCUGUUGGCGCCUUGGAGGGCCAGUUGUGCAGGAAGAUGGGAAAGCCGGUGGACCUCAGUCCCCAGAAUCUUGUGGACUGUUCUUCAAAGUAUGGUAACCAUGGUUGCAACGGAGGCUUAAUGCAUCAAGCCUUCCAAUACGUCAUCGACAACCAGGGCAUCGACUCUGACGCUGGUUACCCAUAUGUGGGAUUGACACAAAAUUGCCACUACAGGUCAGAGUACCGAGCAGCCAACUGCUCCCAGUACAAGUUUCUGCCUGAGGGAGACGAGAAUGCUCUGAAGGAGGCGAUUGCCACCAUUGGACCCAUUUCAGUGGCAAUUGAUGCUACCCGACCCAGAUUUGCCUUCUACAGGAGUGGAGUUUACGAUGAUUCUUCCUGCUCCCAAGACGUGAACCACGGCGUGUUGGCUGUUGGCUACGGCACACUAAACGGACAAGACUAUUGGCUGGUCAAGAACAGCUGGGGAACCUCCUUCGGAGACCAGGGCUACAUUCGGAUGGCGCGCAACAAGAAUGACCAGUGUGGCAUCGCUCAAUACGGCUGUUACCCCAUCAUGUGAUUGUUUUUUGUUUGUUUUUAAGGGAAAAUUCUCCUGUUUUAUGAAUAGUUUGUCUUUUAGACUACAUUUUACUACACAUUUUCAAUACUAAUGUUUGACACCAUCAGAUUUGGUGCUCCUCCUGUUCUCACACAAACUAUAUUUUCAACAACUUCUAAAUAAGUUUUCUGUGAGUACGAGUGUGCCUCUAGGUUUGAAUUCAUAAUAAAAGGGAAGUCUUUAGGAACUUGUUCAUGUUGAUGUAUGGUAUAUUUUCUUAUCAGUGUACCAGUAAGUCCAGCCUUUUGUAGGCUAAUUACCUUUUUAAUCAGAUUGUGGACAGAGUGAAUGGAAAAUCCGGUUUGUGGGUUUAUCCUGCCAUAAAAACUGUCUGAAAGGAUCCCAUUGACUCUUAAGGAAAUUGACCUGU